GUCAAUGUCAUUGUGAGAUGCGUUACGAACUGUCAAAACUUAGCUCUACACACUCUUACAGUCAAACGUAUAGAAUAUACUCGAAAAUUUUGUGCAGAAAAAAAAAUCGGAAAAAAGAUUCUAAUUCGAUCGAAAAAAAAUUGUUUAGUCCUGUAUUGUGAAUUUCUAAACACUAAAAUUGAAUAAAAAGAUUGAAUUGGACUAGUUUGCGAUGGGAAAUGAGCGGAAACGACGUUCUCGUUCACGGGAUAGACGUUCAAGGUCAAGAGAUAGAGACCGGCGUUCCAGAUCGAAAGAGAAACUCCGUGAAAAAGACUAUCGCCGUCGGUCGCGUUCCAAAGAACGCGAUAGAGCUAGAGAUAAAGAUGCUGGCUCGUCAAAGGAUAGGCAUAUUGAUCGCAUGAAGGCUGAAUUCAGUUUGAAAAGUAAACAAGAAAAGGAAACGAAGCCAUCAGUUAGAUACGAAGAUAAAGAUAUCAAACCGAAGAUAAAUGUCAAAGAUGAAGAUGAAGAGAAUGGGGGAAAACAGAAAGCGGCAAAAAAACCUGAACCGCUAUCAUUGGAAGAACUGGUGCAGAAGAAAAAAUCCGAAGAAGCUGCCGCUAGCAGACCAGUGUUCAUUACAAAGGAACAACGAGCAGCCGAAGCAUUGAAGCGGCGGCAAGAAGAAGUUGCAGCAAUGCGUGCCGCACAAGCCACUGUCCCAAAAUUCGGUGACGUUCCAGUUGCACAGCUGUUGAACAAAGAGCGACGCGACAAAGACCGCGAUGAUAAGGAUCGAAGAGAUAGAGAUAGAGAGCGAGAAAGAGAACGUCGACACAGGGAAAGAGACCGAGGUGAUGACAGGGAUAAAGACGAUUCAACUCGUCAACGUGUCGAUGAUCCAAACAAAGACAAAGAGAAAGAAGCUGAAGCGAUUCGAGAGCGUUACUUGGGAAUCGUUAAGAAGAAGCGUCGUGUUCGUCGUAUAAACGAUAGAAAGUUUGUCUUUGAUUGGGACACAACCGAAGACACAUCAAAUGAUUACAAUUUACUUUACAAGGAGAGGCAUCACGUUCAAUUUUUCGGUCGUGGCAAUAUUGCUGGUAUCGAUAUCAAAGAGCAACGCAAACUGCAGAGUCACUUCUAUGGUGAUAUGUUAGAAAAGCGUCGUACCGAUGCAGAGAAAGAGCAAGAAAAGAUGCGGCUCAACAAGGUGAAACGAAAGGAGGAUAAACAAAAAUGGGACGAUCGUCAUUGGUCCGAAAAGGAGAACGAUGAGAUGACUGAGCGUGAUUGGCGUAUUUUCCGUGAAGAUUACAACAUUACGAUCAAAGGUGGCAAAAUACCGAAUCCGAUUCGGUGCUGGAGUGAAUCUGGUUUCCCCAAGGACAUUUUGGAUCUCAUUGAGAAAGUUGGAUAUAAAGAACCAACUCCGAUCCAACGUCAAGCCAUUUCGAUUGGUUUACAGAAUCGAGACAUUAUUGGUGUCGCUGAAACAGGUUCCGGUAAGACAUUGGCCUUCCUAAUUCCACUGUUGUCAUGGAUUCAAUCUUUGCCGAAAAUCGAGCGUUUGGAAGAUGCCGAUCAAGGGCCAUAUGCUAUCAUUUUGGCUCCAACUCGUGAAUUGGCACAACAAAUCGAAGAAGAGACAAACAAAUUUGGUGAACCAUUGGGUAUUAGAACUGUUGUGGUUGUCGGUGGUUUGUCACGUGAAGAUCAAGGGUUCCGUUUGCGUAUGGGAUGUGAAAUUGUCAUUGCAACGCCCGGUCGUUUGAUCGAUGUGCUUGAAAAUCGGUAUUUGGUAUUGAAUCAAUGCACAUACAUUGUUCUCGACGAAGCCGACAGAAUGAUUGACAUGGGUUUCGAGCCGGACGUACAAAAGAUUCUCGACUUCAUGCCUGUGACCAAUUUGAAACCCGACACAGAUGACGCUGAAGAUGAAACGGUACUGAUGCAAAACUUUUAUUCAAAAAAGAAGUAUCGACAAACGGUCAUGUUUACAGCUACUAUGCCACCGCCAGUUGAACGUUUGGCUCGGACAUAUUUGAGAAGACCCGCCACGGUAUACAUUGGAAGCGUUGGUAAACCAACUGAACGUACUGAACAAAUCGUGUAUAUGAUGAAUGAGAAUGACAAACGCAAAAAAUUGGUUGAAAUUCUUAAUCGCGGAUUUGAACCGCCGAUCAUCAUUUUCGUCAACCAGAAGAAAGGUGCCGAUGUAUUGGCCAAGGGAUUGGAGAAAAUGGGCCACAGCACGUGUACGUUGCACGGUGGCAAAGGUCAAGAACAGCGUGAAUAUGCUUUGGCUUCUCUCAAAGGUGGUUCGAAAGACAUUUUGGUUGCUACCAAUGUGGCUGGUCGUGGUAUCGAUAUCAAAGACGUCUCAAUGGUCAUCAACUACGAUAUGGCGAAAACAAUCGAAGAGUAUACGCAUCGUAUUGGUCGUACUGGGCGUGCCGGUAAAACUGGUAUAGCCGUCAGUUUCCUUACGAAAGACGACAGUCCAGUGUUCUAUGAUUUGAAGCAAUGCAUUCUCAGCAGCCCAGUUUCAACAUGCCCACCGGAAUUGAGCAACCAUCCAGAUGCAGCACACAAACCCGGAACAGUCGUUACUAAGAAACGUCGCGAAGAGAAGAUUUUCGCUUAGGUUCUUUUUUUGGCCCAAAGAAAUAUGUUCAUUUGAUUCCUUUGCUUUUUUCGAUCGUUAUCAUUCGAAUAAUAUUGAAAUUUUCUACAAAAAUCUUAUAAUAAAUCCACUUUAAUGCAAGUAUGCAAGUAAAUCCAAAAA